AUGCCAGACAGGCAUUCACGACGGAUUCGGAAUAUACACUUCAAUGAACUUGAUCUUGUCCCAGCAUUUUUGUGCAGGGAUCGCAAGAUUGAACUAUACACGCACGUGAAGGCAAGCCACCUUCUCUAUCAUCUUGGCUCCAAAGCCUUAACAGGCACUUAUGAAGCCGAAGGUAAAAGCAGCUCUUACUGUAGCUCAAUCUUCGAAAGCGGUCGGUCAAGAUGUCAGGAUUUGAUUUUUUUUGCAAAUGUAAUGUAUUUCAUUGAUUCUCAUGUAUCUAAACUACUGCAAGUGCCCGCGACAAAUAAGAAAUAG